ACUCACCCAGAGAGAGAGAGAGAUUCAGCACAGAGUUGUCGACAUGAGCGACAGUGCAGCCGCCGAAACGGCUCCUCCAGCCUCCGCUCCCACCAAAGCCAAGGCUCCCAAGAAAAAGGCGGCGUCUCCCAGGAAAAGACCAGCCGGUCCCAAGUUGGGCGAGCAGAUUCUGAGGAUUGUCGAGCAGUCCAAGGAUCGCAAGGGGAUGUCCCUUUUCAGUAUAAAGAAAGCGUUGGAGAAAAGCGGGGUCGAGGUGGACAAGCGCAACUCCCAGAUCAAGAUGUGUAUCAGGAGGGCCCUGGCGAAAGGCUCCCUGGUUCAGGUCAAGGGCCAGGGCGCCUCCGGCUCCUUCAAACUCGCUCAGACUCGAGGCAAGGCAGAAGGGGCCAAGAAGGUGAGAAGAGCAGCAAGCGGCAAGAAAGUGGUCGGGAAGAAAACACCAGCCAAGAAGGCUACAGUGAAAAAAUCCCCAGCCAAGAAACCAACAGCUAAGAAAGCGACAGCUAAGAGACCAGGCGCCGGGAAGGCAGCCCCGCCAAAGAAAAAGCGAGUGAUCAAAGCAGCGCCGAAGAAAAAGGCUUCCGUGAAGAAGGUGAAAAAGGCCAAGAGCCCCAAGUCCCCCAAACCCCUCAGCAAAUCGGUUAAAGCCAAGACCCAGGCCAAAGUGCCCAAGAAAGCAGCAAAGAAAUGAACCAGUCGGUGUAACAUGUCACCAUCUGAACCCAAAGGCUCUUCUCAGAGCCACCCACAUCUCUCAGGAAAGAGCUGAGCCCCGGAUCAAAUGGUCCCUGUCCCGGGGCCGAGUGCAGACAUACCCAAGAUGUUAAUCUGACUGAGUUACUCAGGCACACCCUCUCGCCACAGUUUGUGAGUGGACAGACCCUGAGAAUGGGGAAGGGAUCACACGGGGAGGGUUUCUUGAUCUCCCAUCUGGUUAUUUCACAUCGCGACUUGUAUUUCUGCCCGGACCCCAAUGUGACAGAUUGCAGUAUUUGUAUUUCAUUGACCCUUCCAGGGAUGAUGCUUUGUUCAGUUUUGAUGCUGGGGCGGUGCGGAUGUUAUCAUGGCGUGUUCUUUCGGUCUGUCUCUCACAGACAGAUCAGGCAGCAAUGACACAUUGUGUUCGGGCUCAUUACAAUCUGGGUGAAACAAAGAUGUCCCGAUACAGGGAGACUCUGUCCCUUUCUCGGGGUACACUGUAUGAGUUUGUAAGCUGUUUAAACCGGCGGGGGGUGUUUAGAUUGACUCAGGGCGGUUGUUAGGCUGGGCUGUGAAAUUCCCCUCGCUUUCCUCCUGCCUGUUACACACAGGUCAGGCAGUGAUCCCGCCUGCUUUCCGCAGGGUUUUAAAUACUGCUGUAAAGAAUAAACUUUUAUCUUAGUUGCAGACGGACAGUGUUUUGUUUCUUAAUGUUUAAUUUCAUUUCAGGAUUUGUGAGGGUGAAAUCGGCGGGCUUUUUGAAAUUGACAGACCGUCAUUCCAAGUGAACCAAUCACCCGCCAAUAACCUUUUCCUGCCUUUUCUGUACCUUCCGGAGGUGUUCCUCUGUGGGUUGACGGAUGGGGCUGUAUCCAAUCCCAGCUCCCGGGGGGCGGGACUCUCCAUUCCCUGAAACAGGCAUCACCACAGCAGCCUCAGCUUUGGUAACAGCAGCCUGUGUGUUUGUGUGUGUUCUGUGAUGUCUCAUUAUCAUCCAUAUGUUUGUCCAAUGACUAUUUAAGUGCCAUUUAAGGUUGGCGAGUCUACUACUGUUGCAGGCAGAACGUUCCACACCCAUACUGCUCUCGAACCUACCUCUGACAUCUGUCCUAUAUCUAUCACCCCUCAAUUUUAAGCUAUGUUCCAUCCUGCUAGACAUCACCAUCCAAGGAAAAAAGGCUCUCACUGUCCGCCUUCUCUCAUCCGCUGAUCAUCUUGUAUGAUUCUAUUAAGUCAUCUCUGAAGCUUCUUCUCUCUAACGAAUACAGCCUCAGGUCCCUCAGCCUUUCCUCAUAAGACAAAAGUGAGGACAGCAGAUGCUGGAGAUCAGAGUCAAGAUUAGAGUGGUGCUGGAAAAGCACAGCAGGUCAGGCAGCAUCCGAGGAGCAGGAAAAUC